CGGAGUGCUAUCACCCAGACUCCGAUCACUGGUGUUCCAGGGGCAGGGCGAGGGGCCGGAGUUCUAGGGAAUUGGGAAGGGGCCGGAGCUGAGUGCCUCACCUAGGCCCGCAUCACCCACAAGGAGACUCUUCAAAAUGAAGCUGCAGGCGCUGUUCAAUGUGGUCCUUGCAACUGCUCUGGCCGUGGGCCCGGGAAGCUGGGCCCAGAAAGACUGCAUGCAGGAGCAGCUGCGCCUCCGCGCUCAGGUGAGGGCCCUGGAGCAGCAAGUGAAGCGGCAGCACGUGGCCAUGGAGCAGCUCCGGCGGGAGAAGGAAAUCCAGCUCCUGGAGGUGCCAGGGGAGGGGAUGGAGCUCGGGGGCCUCGGGGACCUGAGGACAUACGCAGACUGCUCCGAGAUCUACAACGAUGGCCACACAAGCAGUGGGUUGUACCAGAUCCAACCACUCCAGAGCCCAGAGCAGCUCUCCGUGCACUGCGACAUGUCAGACGGAGGGGGCUGGACUGUGGUGCAGAGGCGUUCUGAUGGCAGCGUGAAUUUUAACAGAGGCUGGGAUGACUAUGAAAAGGGGUUUGGAAAUUUUGACCUGAAAAAUGGUGAAUUCUGGAUUGGAAAUAAAAACCUUCACUUGUUGACAUCCCAAGGAAACUACACACUGAGAAUCGACCUUGCUGACUUUGAAGGAGAGAGCCGCUUUGCCCAAUAUGAAAGUUUCAAAGUUGGGGAUGAAAAGAGCUCCUACAUGCUGACCUGCGGCCGGUAUUCUGGGACGGCGGGGGACUCGCUGGGGGUGGGGUCUAACCCCGAGACAGAGUGGUGGGGAAGCCAUCGGAAAAUGAAGUUCAGCACUUGGGACCGGGACAAUGACAACUACGAGGGCAACUGUGCGGCUGAGGACAAGGCCGGCUGGUGGUUUAACAGGUGUCACUCUGCAAAUCUGAAUGGCAUCUACUACCACGGCCCUUAUACGGCCUUGACAGACAACGGUGUGGUGUGGCACAGCUGGCACGGCUGGUGGUAUUCCCUCAAAUCCGUGCGUAUGAAGAUCCGUCCAGGAGACUUUGUUCCAAAUGUGGUCUGACCCUCAGUCAGUGCCCCAAGAUGCCCCGUCCAGGCUAGCCCCAUCCCCCCACCCCCACUGCCCUGUGCCUAAGGCCUCCCUCGUGCUCCAGCCUGCCCCAGCACCCCGGACUGCCCGCCUCGCUCUCUGCACCUGAGAUCUGAUUCUCACCUACCAAAGCAAAGGGGCACCCAGGGCAUGGGAGCAGGAUUAGGCCAAACAUGAUUCAGUGAUUCUCUUUA